AUGUCUAAGAACGGAUACUCUGUCUUGCAGGAGCUGUCCAGCAAGGCUUCUGCGCGAACGGUUCAAGUCACCGUUGUGCCGAGGCCAAAUAGGUUCUCCGAGAGACGCGCCGUCCUGCACUCGCUGCAAAGAUUCGCCAAUGUCGAAGUGUUCAAGAAGCUGGAAAACCACGACUCUUCCUUCAUAUCCGUUCUCAGCGACAAAUCGAAAGUCAAGGAGCUCGUCAAGAUAAGCCCGCUCAAGUACCAACUCGCGACGCCUCGAUCCAACGGUUCCGUCAAGUCGUUCCUGACCGGCUCGGCCGUCACCGGACCCUUUGCCAACGCAAAUCACCAGGAAGGGAGCGAGGACGGCGCUGCAGGAACGGACGAUAAGAAGGAAUUCACGGUGCACAUCUUCCCGGCCCCGAGCUACAUACACUCUGCGGCCAUCAGAGCCAAUCCUCUCCAUGGCCCAUGGCCGACUUCGCGCCGAGAAACAACCAUGUCGUCUCAAUUGAGGGCAUCCUUACCAAAGGAUGUCAUGACCGACGGCUUAUCGGAUUGGGAGAAUGGCGGACAGUCGAAAUCGUCGACCAGGGGCCAGCUGUGGGAAGAUAUUCUACUUGGCUCGAAAUCGGUUGAUGUCAAGAAGCGCGCCAUCAUCGAUCGCAUCAAGCGCAGAGAGCGAAAAGAAAAGGCACCCGCUAUUAUGGAAGGCCUGCUACAUCUGAAAGAAAGCCAACCCUGA